ACAAGUCUUAGUGCUGUUUAAAUCUGCAUCACAAAAAAGCAAGUCGAGACAAAUCGACCUUGAUUUAUGGAGCUGUUUAGCUUCUCUACUCAAGACGACGUGCGUUGCUUCUUGGUGGACGCGCCCUUUACCCAGUGUAGCUAGUCUUUUAAGAGUAACAAUAGACUCCAUGCUUGCAAAAACCAUUGUAGUUGCUUUAGGAGCGCUCAUUAUCGUAGGAGCAUUUAUCGAAUGUUUGGAACAUAGCAAACAGAAGCCAGCAAGGUGCCUUCGAGCCUGCGGCUCGGACGAACAGAAAACUUUGACAAAGCGAGAUCAGACCAGAUUAUCUCCCUCCUGCAAUCAGUGUCUAAGAAGGAGGAAAGACCUUGAAAAACGUCGACGGCGUUCUCUUGGAGGGUGUCCUAGCAGGGCAGAUGAGAGUUCGCCUGCACCUGAAAAACAGCUUGCAUCCAAUGUGGCCGUAAAAUUUGGACAGUAUGAUAACACAGACAACUGGUAUGCAGACGUAUCUUGGAGUCCAAUUAAUGAUUCAAGUGGCUUUUUAAAAGGCUAUUCGGUUCGUUACUUGUCAGUUGACAGUGAAGUACUUUGUACUCAGGUACCAAAGAGCCAAACGUCUCUCAGAAUAAAUUUGUCUCGUUAUGGCUAUAAUCAGGAGGAGCCUAUUCACUUACUGGUUCAAAGCUUCCCAACUAAUAAGACCAGUAUCGGGUUGAUACCAUUCUGGAACGAUAAAAGGUGUCUUAGCAGGGCGGAUGAGAGUUCACCGACACCUGUAAAACAACUUGCAUCCAAUGUGGCCGUAAAAUUUGGACAGUAUGAUAACACAGAGAACUGGUAUGCGGACGUAUCUUGGAGUCCAAUUGAUGAUUCAAGUGGCUUUUUAAAAGGCUAUUCGGUUCGUUACUUGUUUGACAGUGAAGUACUUUGUGAUGAGGUGCCAAAGAGCCAAACGUCUCUCAGAAUAAAUUUAUCCCGUUAUGGCUAUAAUCAGGAGAAGUCUCUUCAUUUACUGGUUGUAAGCUUUCCCACUAAUUUGACCGGCGUUACAAUGCUGUCAUUCUUGAACGAUAAAGCUUCAUCGUCAAUGUCGCCACUACCAUCACAAACUAUAACAUCUGUUGUAUUAACAACGAAAUCAUCAACAGCCGCAAAAGUAUCAACUACCGCAGAAGUAUUAACAUCCGCAAAAGUAUCAGCAACCGUAAAAGGAUCAACAACCGCAAAAGUAUCAACAACCGCAAAAGGAUCAACAACUGCAAAAGUAUCAAAUGCUAGGACAACAACAAACGGGUCUGACAUAACCAUGAAAUAUGUGACCGUUUCUGUUGGUGCUGUAGCUGGUUUCUUGGCAGUUGUAUUGGCUGCUGUCUCCCACAAAAGAUUCAUCAAAAUCUGUGUACAGCACGGGAAAUCCAAAUAUGGCCGUCCAUCUAGUGAUCACGAGCCUGAAAAUCGUGAAGUGUUCAUGAUUUUUAAAAGUGGUGAUGGUAAAUGGGUGGAAGAAAAGGCCGUACCUCUCAUCGAAAAACAGCUUGGAUUAAAGUGCCGAAUACAUUACAAAGACUUCAAAGCUGGUGGUAUUAUUUAUGAUAUGAUGUCGGAGAGCGUUUGCGAAAGUUAUAAAAAUGUAAUAGUUUACUCAAUGAACUUUUUGAAAGGUCGGUAUUGCCAAUUUGAACUGGAUCAAGCAAAACAAAGACUUCUCAGAGAUGAUGACGACAGUUUGGUCGUGAUAAGAAUAGAUGACGUAGAUUUAAGAUUGCUGCCUAAAGAUCUGCAAACAAGAAGUGUGAUCGACUAUUGCACUGAGUGUGAAAGACCUCAUUGGGAAAGAAAACUCACUGAGUUUCUCAAGGCGCCCCACAAAAAUAGGCAUGAAAGCACAAAAAACAAUGAUACUGUAGUAUCCUCGUUAGACGUCGACUCACACAAGGACAUAGUUUUCGUAUAGACAGUUCCAAAUAUAGAGGACAGACGACUUGCAUUAUAUACUGAUUUAUUCAAAUCAAUGGAUUGAAGUACUUCAUGCCAAGGUGCCAAGUGGAUAAGAUCUCUGUACAGUUCUUUCAGUAUCACACAACUGAAACACAAUCCUAGUUGAAAUAGUCACAGUGCUGAUAAGGGAUAGCUGUUUUAGUAUCAUGACUCGAAC